AUGACCUAUAACAUCACCAAGCCAAGAGCAUUCAUCCUCAGGGAGAGUUCUGGACAUGAUUAUGGUACAUUCGGAUCCUCAUGUAGGAAACAAUUUGAGGCAGCUAUUUCUGAAGGGAAGCUUACUGAGGCCCUCUCUCUCAUUGUGGACGAACCGAGCAAGUUGUUUGAAGAUUUUCCUCUCAACGUUGCUGUGGUAGGAGAACCAAACUCUGGGAAGUCCUCCCUCAUUAACACCCUGCAGAACCCACAUCUGGAUGAGCCCGAUGCAGCUGCAACUGAGCUUGCUACAAAAGUAAAUGUCCCAAAUCUAGAAUUUGCCCCGGUCAAGUUUUCAGAGAUCACCUGGAACAAAGAAUUACUUCAGGGGGAAGAUGCUGAUGGCCGGAAGGUAGACUUAAAGGACUUCCAUUACUUCAUCAUAGUAGACCCUCAGAUUUGCCAGGCCACUUCUUUGCAGCUUGCGCUUAAGAUCCAAAAAAUGGACAAAGAGUUUUGUCUGGUUCAAACCAAGGCAGACCUGCAAUUGGAGGAAGCUAAGAAGCGACAACCAUCUCAGGACGGUGAAGAGAGCCUCUUGCUCACCUUCAGGAAGUCCUUGAAAAAUAAAAGGGUGAAAGAACCUCACGUCUUUGCCGUGUCCAACAGGGAUCCCCACCGCUUUGAUUUCCCCCAUCUGCGGGAAACUUUGAUGAGCGAGUUCUUGUGGAAGAAGAUUCUUGCUGUCAUUUCUCCUAUUUUGGAGGGGAAGGCAGGCAAAAUGAAGAAAAUGAUCUGGGUGCUCACCAUUUUCUCCGGGUUUAUAGCUGGGAUCCCCGUCCCAGGAAUUGCAUUCUUGGGGGGCCUUGUGAUUCUCAUCAUGUUUGGUUCCUGGUGCUGCCAUAAAUUUGGCGUGGACGACGCGUCUCUCUCCAAACUUGCCAAGCGAAUCAAAGUAGUACUCCGACAUCUGAAAUCAAUAAUGACCUCCCAGUCCAAAAAGAAAAUGGUUUUAUGGAGGCUACCAGACUUCCUGGGAUCCUCAGUGAUGAUUGCCGAAUAUUUUUAUUGGAAUCGUUUCCCCAUCAUCGGCUGCAUUUUGUCAGUAGUAAUUUCGCUUAUUUCCUCUUUCUUCACACUGAAAAAACUUCCGUCAGAUGUUAAGAAAGACACCCAGAAUAUUGUAAUUGCAGCUGUCAAACCGAAGAAGACAGACCCUGAAAACUCAUAA